AGCAGAAGAUCCAGCUCUGAUCAGCAGCUCCACACCUCUGUACUCAGACUGCUCUGCUGGAGGAACACCAUCAGCUCACCUGCUGCAGAAAUGAAUGCUGUUCUGUUCCAGAUCUUCCCCUGAUCUUAGGGUCAGUGUUCCUACCUGGAAGAAGUUUAUCUGAACAAAUACAAUCAGAAGAUUUUAUGAAGAUAUUAAGCUGCUGAACAAAAGAAAGAACAUGGCAUCCACAGAAAUCUCCAAUAUUCAGCAAACACCCUCUCCUACACCCAGGAGGCAAAUGCAGAAAAGUACAGAAAAGAAAAAAACACAUCUUUGCUCAGACUGUGGGAAGAGUUUUACUAAACCAAGUUAUCUCAAAACACACCAGCGCAUUCACACUGGAGAAAGAACACAUCACUGCUCAGACUGUGGAAAGAGUUUUACUAGGAAGGUUGAUCUUGAGCGACACAAACGCAUUCACACUGGAGAGAAACCGUAUCACUGCUCAGACUGUGGCAUGAAUUUUUGUCAAAAGAGUCAUCUCCAGCGACACCAACUCAUUCACACUGGAGAGAAACCGUAUCACUGCUCAGAAUGUGGCAUACAUUUUUAUCGAAAGAGUCAUCUCCAGCGGCACCAGCUCAUUCACACUGGGGAGAAACCAUAUUACUGUUCAGUCUGUGGAAAGAGUUUUACUUCACACAUUAAUCUUAAAACACACCAGCGCAUUCACACUGGAGAGAAACCAUAUCACUGCGUAGUCUGUGGAAAGAGUUUUACUGAACACAGUAAUCUCAAAAUACACCAGCGCAUUCACACUGGAGAGAAACCGUAUCACUGCUCAGACUGUGAAAAGAGUUUUACUGCACAUGGUGAUCUCCAGCGACACAAACGCAUUCACACUGGAGAGAAACCGUAUCACUGCUCAGAAUGUGGCAUGAAUUUUACUUGCCAGUAUAAUCUACAGAGACACCAGCGCAUUCACACUGGAGAGAGACCGUGUCACUGCUCAGACUGUGCAAAGAGUUUUACUACACAGAGUGAUCUCCAGCGACACAAACGCAUUCACACUGGAGAGAAACCGUAUCAUUGCUCAGAAUGUGGCAUGAAUUUUCAUCAAAAGGUUCAUCUCCAGGGACACCAGCGCAUUCACACUGGAGAGUAACCAUAUUACUGUUCAUAAUGUGGCAUGAAUUUUUGUGAAAAAAUACUCUCCAGCAGCACCAGCUCACUCACACUGGAGAGAAACCAUAUCAUUGUUCAGACUGUGGAGUUUUACUGCACAGGGUGAUCUUCAGCGACACAAACGCAUUCGCACUAAAGAGUAACCGUAUCACUGCUCAGACUGUGGGAUGAAUUUUACUAACCAGUAUAAUCUCCAGCAACACCAGCGCAUUCACACUGGAGAGAAAC